AAAGCCCCCUUCUGCGCUAACGACGCGUCUUUAGCUUCGGCAGCUCCCGCUGGCGCAUCACCACCAACCCACCUUUGCCAAUCGCUUCUUCUUGGGAGGUGUGACUGGCGUCACACGCCCUGGGCACAGGUUGAACCCAACGGUGGUGCCCCAGGAUCAUCGAGUCAUUGCUUUGUAGGGCGCCGUGGUGAGACAGCCGUCAACCCCGCUCCGGGGCUGGUAGCAUUCGGCGAUGGAGCCGAGACCGACGGCUGAAGAGCUCCAAAGAACAAUUGACUGUCUCAACGACGCCUAUGAUCUCGGUAUUCGGGCAUCGACUCGCACUCCCAGGAAGCAAAAUCUGACACCGGGAAACGAAGAACGCCUCUACAAGAAGAUACAUUUUCUGCACUUUAGCAAAUCGGCUCGCUUGGCGCGUUGCAUGGAAGCGUUUCAUGCGGACGCCCAAAGUAUAUUGUCUCAAACAACGUCCAACGCCCAUCGUGAAGCGAAACCUAAUGCCUUUGGCUCCCGCAAAGCUCAAUUGCAAGCAUGUCUGCUGUCGAUACUCGACGACGAUGCCUUUGCCUAUCGUCCAGAAUCGAAACGGACCUCAAUCGAGUCACUCGAAUCGGAGCCCAAGCGGCCCCGAAGUCGCUCUGGACGAUCAAGUUCUGAGGCUCUCGACCAGGGCGACACAAUCGAUUCCAUUCCCGUGAGAUCCAGUGUCGGACCGCCCAAUACGCCGCCUCCUCCGACUGGCCCCCGAUUUCAGGCUACCAUCCGUUCGUACUUUUCCACCACGUCCAGCACGGAUCGCUCCGCACCGACGUCGAAUUCGUCCUCAUUCCGGUCUCGCGCUGAGGUCAGCACACCAACCAGUCGAAACACGAGCUUUUCUGAAGACUAUGAUCCAUAUCCUCUCUGCACACAAGAAUGUCGCCUCAUGGAGGAAGCUUGGGACGUCUCCGAGUCUGCCAUCAGCUCUGACCCGGUGACGCCCACCGAAGAUGUGCACAAGUCACCCGCGGCGCUCAAGGAAACUCUAAGAUGGCCCAAACUCGUUCUUCCUGGCCUGGAAUUAGCACCGUUGGCCGUGAUAUGGGAAGUCACUCGCAUUGCGCUUCAUUGCGGCGUUGAGUUUGAAAGCAUCAGCGACCUGAAAUACGAACCUACUGAGUCGUGGCACGAUCAGGCUGCAUUACGAAAACGGCUCGCGAGUCACCCUUUCUGUGAGGGAAAACCACUUCCGCCCCCUAGCGAGCCGAAAGCGUGGGAACUGGCCUUGGGUCCCUUCCAGUCCGCGGACGCAGCAGUCUACCUGAAAGCAGACUUGUCGUACGCCUCUGAUGAGAGCGAACAAAUUUAUGACUUGCGGCUGAUACCGCUGCAAUUGGACAGAGGUAAUCGGCUGAUGCGGCGCUUUGGGGCCGACAGGUUCCUCGAAGUCACGAUCCCUUCGCCCACAGAAACAAAGGAUCUCCCAGACCUUCUGAAGCGUGUACCUGAAUUUUCAGAGCAAGUCAUCCGAUGGCUCACCCAGAACACACAUCGACUUGUCGGUCGGGAUUGGGCCGCCUUCUACACCAGCAAGCCAAAACGAACAGCAAAGACAUCGCAAGGCAAGCCGCUAUCCCUAGAGCGUAUCCACCUCUUUGCUGUUGGCGGCGACAAUUUCCACACACCCCACACGCGCGGCAGUAUCCCUUCUGGGGACGAGGCAUUGCUUCCGGACUGUCGUACAAACAUGAAGCUUAGCACUCUACUUGAAUGGACUGUGGGCAUCCAGCACAACACUACGGAGCAGGUGGCCAAACUGUUCACUCGAAUUGCCUUGAGCUUGACUAAAACUCGGGCGACUGCCGUGGUAGCACAUCGAGAUAUUCGUCACCGGGACAAAGACUUGGGCGAGUCGCAGCAUGUGAUGAACGAUGGAGCGGCCCGUAUGUCACGAAGCUUAGCCAAGAAAAUCGCCGACCAUCUGGAGCUAGGCGCCACUCCGGCGGCUUACCAAGGCCGCUUUGGGUGUGCCAAGGGCAUGUGGAUCGUUGACGUCCAGGACGACGGACUCGAUGGCGACGACUGGAUUGAGACCUAUCCGUCACAACGCAAGUGGAAAUGUCCGUUCGAGGAUCCUCAACACCGUACGUUCGAAGUGAAGGACUGGUCGCGCGAACUCCGAACCGCAGCGCUGAACCAACAAUUCAUCCCGGUUCUGGAGACUUGUGCUGUGGAUGAGGAUGGCAUGAGGGAUGCCAUAGCUGGUCAUUUGACCAACAGCCUCCGGAUGGAAAUCGAGGCUGGAAACGCAGCCCUUGACAGUCCAACCGACAUGCGCCGAUGGCUGAGGCAAUUCGGGCAGUCCGUCGAAAGCAAAUCACACAAGCCCUUCAUGGGCGGCUUACCCAGCUCUGAUGAAGACGCGGUAGCAUACUUGCUCGAUGCCGGAUUCGACCAACGCAAAAAUCGCUUUGUUCAGGAUCUCUGCGUGUCCUUGGUCAAAAAGAAAAUGGAGAUGCUCAAGUCAAAGAUGAAUGUGCGUGUGCCUCAAUCGUCAUACCUCUUUAUGGUGCCCGACUUUUGGGGUAUACUGGAGGAAAACGAAGUGCACGUGUCGUUCUCGAAUGGCUUCCACGUGCAUGGAUUCUACGACACCCUCUUGGAGAAUAUGGACAUCCUCGUUGGCAGAUCUCCUGCGCAUCUGGCGAGCGAUAUCCAAAGGGUUCAUGUUGUCUCGCAUCCGACUCUUCGCAGGCUGAAGGAUGUCAUCGUCAUGUCCACCAAGGGCACAAUGUCCCUCGCAGAGAAACUUUCCGGGGGCGACUACGACGGAGACAAAGCCUGGGUGUGCUGGGAUCGUGGAAUCGUCAAUACUUUUUGUAAUGCCCCGGUCCCCGCCGGCCUUAAGGUGGCCAGCUUGGUCAAGAAGAACUUGAUGGAAAAGCUGGAUGUGACAGUAAAGUCGCUGACGACGCGAUCGAACGCGGAUGAGAUGUGCACCCGAUUUGUCCACACAGCCUUCCGCUUCCAUAUGGAAGCGUCGCUCCUUGGCACUGUUACUAAUUACAAGGAGAGGUUGAGCUAUCAUCGGGGUUCUAUCGAGGACGAGAAAGUCGUUUGGCUCAGCAACUUCCUCAGCCACUUGGUAGAUCAGGGCAAGCAGGGAAUAAAGUUCACCCCAGACCACUGGGCUAGGGUCCGAAAAGAGCACCUCCGGACUCCGCUUCAUUACGAAGAUCCAGACUAUCUCUUGGAACGGCGGGUCUCGAAGGCUUCCAAGCUUCGGAGGCUGAAGGAUCACAUCCUCGACCAUCUCAAAUUUAGCGUUGGUGUGCCAGCCAUCAACUUUGCACUCGCGGACUUCGAAAAGUCUAUCAAGGGUAGCGGUGGGGAGUGUUUUGAUGGAGAUCUAACCAAACUUGCCAACGACUUUGAGAAGGAGUGCACGACGUGGAUGGACGGGAAAAUGGUCUACAAAAAGCUCCGAGAUGAUAUCGAAAAAGUGGCGAAGACUUGGGCGCAGACUAUGGGGCAGCAGCGCGAGUCAUUGAAGGACUACUCAGGCAAAGUCAGGCAGUUGUACGAGAUGUGGAUGAGCAUUGUCCCUGCCGAUGACGCCUUGUCCUCGCCGCGGAUCAAUGCUCUGAUGGAGCCGUGGGUAGCGGAUCCCAAGGCAAAGCGGUGGACGCUACUCAAGGCCUCACUCACCUUCAAGCUCUUUUACAAUCGGCAGAAGUUUGUUUGGAGAAUCGCCGGGCGCCAGCUCUGCGACCUCAAAAGCCUGGCCCUCGGCGCACAAAGCGGCUCUUCGUAUGCCUUUGUCAACCCGGAAAUGUACGCAUGUCUACGGCCAGGCAAAAGCUUUACCACCCAACUCGCGAUCCGGGAGAGUGGUGCCGAGACAACAGAGAGCACUAUUGCGUCGGUGAAUGAGCUCUACGACGGAGACGAUUGGGUGGAUGCCUACGAAUGAAUGAGGGUAGCCAUCUGAUGACCGCGUGGUUUGCUGCGCGAGCGACUAGCGUUUGCAUCUGGAUGCGCCUUUCAGGAUACCCUUAUGAUGAAUGCUUGGUACAGUGUUAUGAGUCAUGGAUAAAGGGGUAGAACGCUUCUAAAUACUCAUCUUCAUCUUUCUUCACCCGGAU